CGCCAUUUAAGUAGACUUAGGUAGGAGAUUCAAAACUCAGAGGAGGAAGGCCUGUGAAUUGUUAACCAUAGUUUAUUUCUUCUAGUAUCAGACGUAAGUGUACAAAACGAGUUCUCUCUGUCGUUUCUUUACGCUCAAUUUUUUUACAGGCCAUUCAGGAUGAAUUUCAGUUUGGUAAGGACAGGAGGCUUGAUGGCCUGUGUUAGUCCUGGCAAUGGUGGUCUCUCAGUUGAUCCAACUUUCGUUUGAAAGAGUCGACGGAUGGGGCUCCAAUCACGUGCUGAGGUAAUGAAUUCCACUCGAUGCUGCGCUGGGAAAGUCGAUAGUCAGCUGACAAGUAAUUUGUUCUGGGCUUGUGAACUUUUUUGGAGUGUCCUUGUAAGUUCUCUGUUUUGAAAGACAACAAAAACGAGGAUUGUUUCGUUAUCAACUGGGUUCGUCAUAUUCGUUUGUCAUCUGACGUGGAUAGCUUUCAGCCCGAUCUAUGUGACAAGUAUGUCAGAGUGAUUAUACACAUAAUCACUCUGCUCUAAGUAAUGCAACAGUCCCACAGAUUUAACAAGCUGGAUGCAUUUGUAAAUAUAAGAUUGUAUAUCACGAUGGAGCUGACGAUCAAUAUCUAUCUCUAAUUUUAAAGAGAAGCAUGACACACACAGUUUGCACUCAACUAAAACCUUCACUGUCUGUUCGGACUCGUGCUCUAACAAACAAGUCCCACACUAGGUUGGCCAAUAAACUGUCGUUGUUAUCUGAUUCUUUGAAUCUGCGUCUGCGUCAUCGGAACAGGAAUGUAGAAAGAAGAAAUCACUUCAAGCAUCGUCAUGUUUUCUUAAAUAGGGAUGAUUGUUUACCUGACCCCAAAUCGCCUGUAGAAGACAACGGUCUCAAAGAACAGUCUGUGAUCAAUUCAAUCCAAGAUACCUCUGCUUCUUCUGUUUCAUCUACUUCCUGUGGGUCUAGUAGUAUGGCCUCCGUUUGUAAGUGGAAGGGUUGUGGGUGUGUUGACAUUGAAAGGACUCAGCUGAUCAAUCACAUUCAACAAAUUCAUGUCGUCCCACAGUUAUCCAGUCGGCGAAAAUAUUUUAGUUGUUUGUGGCAGGAUUGUCGUGUGUUUGGAAGACCUAGUGUUUCGGCUGCGUGGCUGGAACAACAUAUACUUCAUCAUACGGAUGCCAAAGGAAAACCAUUUAGAUGCAUUUUCGAUGCAUGCACAUUACGAUUUUCUACUUCCACAUUGUUAGAACGUCAUGUUCAACGAACACAUAUGCGCACAAAUCGUAUCAAUAGUGAUUCCUUACCCAAAGUAUCUCUAACUGACAAGAACAUACUUUGUCAGCCACAUUCAGAAGAAAUAACUAAUUUACAAAAUCCAUUAAAGAAAUGUACUUCGCUAUCUACCAAAAAAAAUUUGCGCAAACGUAAGAAAACGCGAACUUACCGAGUUCGUCGCUUGGAUUUUUAUGAUUACCGAAGUCAAAUACUGGUUAAAAACAAGUUGAAAAUUUCAUAUCUUCUAAAUAAGGAGCUCACAACAAAAAAUAAUCAUGAACGAUCUCGCAUUUUACCACUGAGUUUUUGCAAGUUACCUUUGAAACUUUAUGACAAAUCUACAAAUCCGCGUGCACGUCCCAAUGUUAAUCCACCAAGUAUCAUGGUUAGUAAAGAAUCGACCCUACCAUCAUUGUUGAGGCAUACAAAAGAUGUUCAUCAGCACAUAUCAUUACUGUUGACAACUCCUCAUACGUUUGUUGGUCGACGUAUUUCUCUGGAUCAUCGAUGUGAAUUUCUCGUACGCUGGAUUAGCGGUUCUGGACAUAGUGUUAUCCCACCUACUUGGAUGUUCGAAGAGGAACUUAAUGUGGCAGCUCAUUUGGAAAGUAUUUUGUGAAAUGUGCAAUAAUGUGAUCUCGUUUCAUGCGGCAACAACCCGACGGUUCAUUGCUGCAUUUUGCUGUUAGUUCCAAUUGAUGGACAGCAACAUACGGGCUUUCGAUCCUCUGUUGUAUUCAUCUAAUAUGUUGCACUCAGCUGUGAAAACUGUCUGUAUCUUUUUGACCAACUUACUUUAUCAGUUCUUGUUUGUUAGUGUUUAUUUAUUUACUUCCCCUCAGUCUUCAUGUUCGUCUAGCUUACCUACUUACUAACUUAAUUGUUUAUAUUUGUGAUCAUGUAUGAUACAUUUUUGCUUUUGCUCAAUCUAGGUGGCACAUACGUAUUUAUUAUGUUAGGAUUUUCCCAAACAUUUCUCACCUUAUAGGCUUUCUUUGAAAUAUACGUGAUGUAAUUCCUUAUAA